GAAAAAUUAUUUUACUUCCGUAAAAAUUGGUGUGUUGGCAGAUUUUUUCUAUUUCUUAGCGAUACUUACAUCCAUGUUUACCUGUACAACUGUGUCACAAUGUUUGCAAAGUUGAAAAAGAAGAUCCAAGAAGAAGGGGGCGGGGCCCCACCAUCUUCCCCAGGGGAGGGUGAGAAAAGACAACUGUCCCCUGGGCCAGGUCUCGCUAGUCCAGUCGCAGAUGAAGGUGCUAAAGCUACUGGACUAGGACUUUUUCCAAAUAAAUCGCCAUCUAAAGAUUCAGAGGCUUCUGCACAGUUAGAUACAGGGCAUUCCAAAGAGACAAAGGAUGAGGUCCUGGCAUUGUUGGUGAAGCGCACGGAUCAAGUAAAGAAAUUAGAGUCAAAGAUAAGUGAACUAGCUGCCUUGAUAAAAGAGAAAAAUAAAUAUGCAGAAAAAUUAGAAAUAUCCUUGGAAAAACAGCAAGAUGAAAGUAUUGCUAAACAAAAAGAAAUGCAGGAGGAUUUCAAAAAGAAAAGCAAUCAAAUGACAGAGAGUUUCACCCUAGCAUUGGAUAAAAAAGAUGAUGAUUGGAAGAAAAAAAUUGCUGAAAUAGAAAAGGAGAAAGAGAAUUUACAAAAAAGUCUGGAAAAGGCGGAGGAAUAUCGCAUGAAAUAUUUCAAGAAGGAGGAAGAAUCAGAGGAGAUGGAGGGAUUAACUACUCAGGAAUUAGCAAAACUCAAGCAUAUGCUCUUAAACAAGGAUCAACUGCUAGAAAAAACAGAAAGUAACCUCAAAGAAAAAACAGAAGCUCUAGUCAUAUCAGAGAAGUCCCUCAAAGAACUGCAAAACAUAUGUGAGAAAUUAAAAAUGGAGGUUGACGACUCAAAAAUACAGAAGCAAAGGUGUGAGGAGGAGAGCCAGCAACAUUACACAACAAUACUUGGUCUCAGGGCUGAAAAAGAAGCUUUGGCUAAACAGCUGGAAACUGCUACAGAGACGUUGUCUCAGAAAACUAAACGAUUGUCAUCACUAGAACAGACGCUGACUGACAUGGAGAAUGAUUUCCAAACUUUGCAAAGAAACUAUGAUUUAUUUCAAAAUAAGCAUGCAGUAGAUGUAGAGGAGAAAGAUAGUCAUAUACAACAUGUGCAAGAGCGUGUCAUCUUACUUGAGCAGAGACUUAAGGAUACAACUCUUAGUGGAGAUGAGCAUCUUACAGCUCUUCAAACGGAGAGAACCAACUUGGAGAAGAAACUUGAGGAAUCGCGUCAGCAGCUUACUGAAGUGAAAAGUGUUUGGAGUGAGAAAAUAUCCCAUCUUGAAUCACAGAUCUCCAAUUUGAAUGCCAAGAUAGUUGAAGACAGUGAAGACUUCAAGGGAAAGCAACAGGAAAUGGAAACCAUGAAGGCCAAUUUUGAAAAACAGAUUGAGUCGCUGCACAGUAAGCUCGAGGCAGCUGAAACAAAGGUGCUACGAACCAAUGAGAUUGUAGAUGAGAAAGAUCGCCUGCUAGAAAAACAGAAAUUGACACUGGAGAAUGAGACAUUGCGUGCUCGAGAGAUGUCAUCUGAAAGUGAGGCUUUAUUACGAGAGGAAGUGCACACACUCAAAUCUAAAAUAACUUCGCUGGAACAUAAUUUAGAGAAGACCAAAAGAGAACAUGAGGAUGAGAAAGUAAAGUUACAUUCCUCGCAGGAUGAUUACUUAGAACGUGAAAUUGAGACUGAAAGGCAGAUUACAACAUUAGAGGACCAAUUACUAACAGUGAAGGGAGAGUUAAAAGUAGCUACAAAGGAGUGCAGUAGAAUCUCAGCUCAGAUGCAGGAGUGCAAGCGACAAAAUGAACAGCUUGAAUCAAAGUUUGCUAGUGUUGAGAAAGAACUGUCCGAGACCCAUGACCAAUACCAGUCUCUGGAUAGGAAAUACAAGAACAAGUGUCUAGAAUACCAAGAAUGCAAUACAGAACGGGACCAGCUAAUGUUGAGAAAUGCGGAGUUGUCACAAAAUUGUGAACAUUUGAAAAAAUCCAAAUCGGAAGAAAUAAAUUCACAUCAAAAUGAAAUUGAGGCUCUACAGCUGGAAAUUCAGGAGAAAUCAGCGAAAAACAAAGAUUUAGAAGUGAAACUCGGAGACCUCCGUAGUAAUAUAGUGCAAUACCAAACAAAGAUUGAGCAACAAGAGACGAAGCAGGUGGCAGCACUGUCUGCAAUGGAGUCAACAGAGAUCCAACGCCACAAAACAGAGAUAUCAUCUCUUGAGGACCAAUUGGCAGAAAAAAAUAAAGCAAUAAAAAUGCAGCAACAAAGACUGACAGAUCUUAAGAAAACCCUUCAACGGGAGCUCAAAGUUCAAUCCUUACCUUCAGAUGAAUCAAAUGGCACAUCAAACUCUCCUAGGGAUUCCCCUAGCAACAAUAGGAAAUUCCCUAGCAAUGGGAGUCAAAAUAAACACACAGUGCCAUCUAUAGGAAAUAAUUCUAAAAGUGAACAAUCCGUAAACUCAAUUAUACGGGAAAAGGAAAAAACACCACCAGCAGUCAUUGAACAAACUACAAUAAAACAAGAUGCUUUAAUGCGGAAUGUUGUCACAAAUGCUGAUCACAGAGACUCAUUUGAAAAUGCUCGUGAACACUUAGAUGUAAACUUUGAGUACCUCAAACAUGUUGUGAUGAAGUUUAUGCUGAGUAAAGAAACCGAGGCAGUGCAUUUAAUUCGUGCAAUCAGCAUCCUAUUAAAGCUGAACCAAAAUGAACAGAGACUAAUGAAAGACACGCUAGAGUACAAAAUGAGUUGGUUCGGAUCAAAGCCAAAUCUAGGGAAAGGACAAACAGCGAAAGUUAUUCCACCGUCUUACUGAGUCAAAAACCACAGUAGCAACAGAGUCAUUAAUUGUUUAAUAACUAUCAUAAAGUUGAGAAAACCUUCCCAUCAUCACGCACAGCCGGACAAACUUCUAUGAUAUUAACAUCAAAUUGGACCAUCAUUAAAACCUUUGCUUGAUAUGUAAUGUAUGUAUGAUGAUAGGAUAUAUGUAAAUUAAAAAAUUAAUGUAACGAUUCAUAUGAGAUUCUGAUUUCUCUUCGUUUAAAGAGGGCGCUCCAAAAAUUGAAAGUGUUUUAAAUGAUAUGCAGUAACCAUUUUAUAAAAGAGGUCAUAUUUGUCUAUUUGUGAGAUUCUUCAUGUUUUGGGAAUCAUGUUUUGAUGUUACAGGAUUGAAGAGAAAAUCUAUGAAAGC